AUGUCUGAUCUUGAAAAUGAAAGUAUUACGUAUGAGGAUGUGUUUUUCGCCAGUCGAGUAGAACAUAUUUUAUCUCAGUAUAUGAUUGAUGAAAGGUUAACAAAUGCUUUUGAUACAAUUUUAAACUUCAUCGAUCCGUUUAUAAAAAACAGAUUAGGGUGGAUAAUUAAGGAAAUUAUAUUUUUAGAUAUUCAUUUAGGAAUUUAUAAGGCUGAGAGUGGUGGAUGUGGUAAUAUCAUCCUACCAAAACAUUUAAUUAAUAAGCGUUGUUUGUUGAAUAUUAAAUGUAGUGAUAAUCAAUGUUUUUUAUACUGCAUAAUUGCUAGUUUGUAUCCAAAUACUAACAACAAAAAUUCGAUUUAUUCGUACAGGAAAUUUUUGAAAUAUUUAAAUACAAAUACCCUAAAAUUUCCAGUAAAUAUUAAAAAUAUUCCAUCAUUUGAAAAAAAUAAUAGUUUAAAAAUUCAAGUAUUUGGAUAUGAAAAAAAAAUAAUUUAUCCUAUUUAUAUAAGUAAAUAUCAGUUCGAAAAAGAAAUUAAUUUGUUAUUAUAUAAAUCCCAUUAUUUUCUAAUUAGAAAUUUUAACAGACUAUUGUCAGAAAAAUCAGGAAUACGAAAAUUUUGUAAACGAUGUCUUAUAGGCUUUCAAAGAAGUCAUACUUUAAACGAGCAUGUGAAAAUAUGUUCUAAUUAUAAAUAUCAGAAAGUUUCUACCCCGACUGGAGAAAGAGCUGUUGCUAAAUUUACUAAUUACGAGAAGCAAUUAUAUCACCCCAUAGUAAUUUAUGCUGAUUUUGAAUCGAUUCUAGAAGAAGUUGAUGUAAACGCUGUAGAUCUAAAUUCUAGUUUCACUAAAACUAUUCAGAUUCAUAAACCUAUAUGUUAUUCUAUCGUUAUUAUAGAAAAUGAUGAUGAUUUAUUAUAUUCUAAUUUUUAUUGUGGUAAAGAUGCUGUUAAGCAUUUUUUAUUUGAUAUCCAGAAUCAAUUAAAAUUUUUAUUAGAUAAAAUAAAUAGUUAUGUAGAAAUGAAUGUGGAUACUAUUCCCGAUAAUUACGAACAUCGGUGUCAUAUAUGUGAGGAGGGGUUUAAUUAUGAUGAUAUCAGAGUAAGAGAUCACGAUCACUUAACAGGUGAUUUUCGCGGAAUAGCUCAUAACCAUUGUAAUUUAAAUUAUAGAUUCAAAAAAUUUAUUCCUAUUAUACUACAUAAUUUUACAGGUUAUGACUCCCAUCUGAUUUUCAAAAAUAUUCCUCCUAAACUAUUUUCGAGAAUUCAGAUUAUCCCAGUUAAUUCAGAAAAAUUUACUACGUUUACUUUAGAUCAUUUCAAAUUUAUAGACAGUUUCCAAUUUUUAAAUUCUUCGCUAACUACUUUAACAGAAAAUUUAAAAAAUGCAAAUUAUAAUUUUCCUAUUUUUAAUAAAUUUUUCUAUAAUAACGAAAAUAAAAAUUUAUUAAAAAGAAAAGGAAUUUUCCCCUAUUCUUAUUUUAAAAACGAGGAUAUUUUAUACGAGAAAUGUUUACCCCCGAAAAAAUAUUUUUAUAACGAAUUAUCUGGAGAAAAUAUUAGCGAUGAUGAUUAUGAUCAUGCAAAAUUAGUUUGGAAAAAAUUUUGUUGUAAAAAUUUUAAAGAUUAUUUAAAAUUAUAUCAAUAUGUUGACACUUUAUUACUGGCCGAUAUAUUCCAAAAUUUUAGAAAAUUAAGUUUAAAAUAUUAUAAUUUAGAUCCGGUAUAUUUCAUAACAGCUCCAGACUUAACAUGUAAUUGUGGAUUAAAAAUGACAAUAUUGGAUUCUUUAGGGAAACCGUCGGGAAUUUUCAGUGGAAAGACAUGGUUUCAUGGAGAUUAUGAUCAAUGCUUGAAUAUUGAACAACCAUUUCCAUUGAAUAAAUUGAUUGAAAUAUUUAGUUUUAAGAAAGUAGCAUUUCGUUUGGAUAUUUGUAUACUGAGUAGAUGUAACCGACAAGAUGUAGAAAAUAUUCUUCAAUGGG